AUGGUGGCGUACCUCAACAUCCUCCUCUACGGCGUCGGCGGCAUAGUCUUCACCGGGAUGGCCUUGCUGGUUGCCUUUCAAGAGCGGCUCGUCUACGUCCCCGUCGUCCCUGGUCUCACCAAGUCCUACCCGAUUACUCCCGCCCGCCUCCGUCUCACUUACGAGGACGUCUGGCUCCGAUCCUCCGAUGGCGUCCGCCUCCAUGCCUGGUUCAUCAAGCUCUUCCCUGACUGCAGAGGUCCAACCAUCCUUUUCUUCCAGGAGAAUGCAGGAAAUAUUGCUCAUCGUCUUGAAAUGGUCCGCAUAAUGCUACAGAAGCUGCAGUGCAAUGUGUUCAUGCUUUCUUACCGUGGCUACGGAGCGAGUGAUGGAUCUCCUUCCCAGCAUGGAAUUACAAAGGACGCUCAGGCUGCAUUGGAUCAUCUCUGUCAGCGAAAUGAUAUUGAUACCUCAAGAAUAGUCGUGUUUGGCAGGUCACUGGGUGGUGCUGUUGGAGCCUUACUUACGAGAAACAACCCUGACAAGGUUGCUGGUAUUAUACUGGAAAAUACUUUUACGUCUAUUCUGGAUAUGGCAGGAGUUCUCCUCCCCUUUCUGAAGUGGGUGAUUGGAGGAUCUGGUGCAAAAGGUGUUAAAAUUCUAAACUUUGUCGUACGCUCUCCAUGGAACACAAUCGAUGUGAUUGGUGAGGUUCAGCGACCAAUCCUUUUCCUGUCGGGUUUGCAAGACGAGAUGGUUCCGCCGUCCCACAUGCAGAUGCUUUAUGCCAAAGCAGCUGCUCACAACAAGGAAUGCAUUUUUGUGGAUUUUCCUUCCGGCAUGCACAUGGAUACCUGGCUGGCUGGUGGGGAUCAUUACUGGGCUACUAUUCAGCAGUUCCUUGAAAAAUAUGCUCCGUGGAAUGAUGAACCUGAUUCUUCAAGCGUUACCAGCCAUGAUUCUGAAGGGCGAUGA